CAGCUGCCUGUGUGGUUCCGGGGGCCAGUUCGCUGCAGGGGUGGCCUGCUGUCGCGGAGCUGACGUCAUCGCCGUGCGCUUGCCACGUCUGCUCAGCUCCGCUGUAAUGGAGGCUUAGGCUGAGUCCUGUCGGAGCCGGGCUCUGGCUCUAGUUUUAGCUCUGGCUCUGACUUUGGCACUGACUCGGGGUCUGGCUCUGGCAGCACGAAGCCUGGACACCUUUUCUCGACUCUUCGGGCGGGGACGGCCUGCAGACAGACAGCUGGUUUGGCGCACCUCAACGCAGGAAGGGAGUUUUCCUGCCUGGGGUCCAGCCUGUAAAGCCGCCGCCUCCUCCCAGGGAUCCCGCCCCACCGGCCGGGCCUCCUCGAUGCAGCUGAAACAGGUUGACAACCAGUAACCUGGGUUGCAACUACAGGUGACGCUGGCAGCGGACUGGAACCUGGACAUGCCCGGUGGAAGGAGGGGCCCUAGUCGGCAGCAGCUAAGCCGUUCAGCUUUACCUUCUUUACAGACUUUGGUUGGUGGGGGCUGUGGCAAUGGAACAGGCCUAAGAAACAGGAAUGGGAGCACUAUUGGCCUUCCGGUCCCACCUAUCACAGCCUUAAUCACCCCAGGUCCUGUUCGUCAUUGCCAAAUUCCUGAUUUGCCUGUGGAUGGGAGCCUGCUCUUUGAAUUUCUUUUUUUCAUCUACCUGCUAGUUGCUCUGUUCAUUCAGUACAUCAACAUCUAUAAAACAGUGUGGUGGUAUCCUUACAAUCAUCCUGCUUCUUGUACUUCACUGAAUUUUCAUCUCAUUGAUUACCACCUGGCAGCAUUCAUCACAGUGAUGCUUGCAAGGAGGCUUGUGUGGGCCCUUAUCUCAGAGGCCACUAAGGCAGGCGCAGCAUCCAUGAUUCACUACAUGGUACUGAUAUCAGCUCGCUUGGUGCUACUCACUUUGUGUGGAUGGGUACUUUGUUGGACUCUCGUCAAUCUCUUCCGAAGCCACUCAGUCCUCAAUCUCCUCUUCCUUGGCUACCCGUUUGGUGUUUAUGUUCCUCUCUGCUGCUUCCACCAAGAUAGUAGAGCUCAUCUUCUUCUGACAGACUAUAACUAUGUUGUUCAGCACCAGGCAGUAGACGAAAGCGCCUCAACUGUGGGUGGCUUGGCCAAGUCCAAAGACUUCCUCUCCUUAUUGCUGGAGUCUCUGAAAGAACAGUUUAAUAAUGCCACGCCCAUCCCCACCCACAGCUGCCCCCUGUCUCCAGACCUCAUUCGCAAUGAAGUGGAGUGUCUGAAAGCAGAUUUCAACCACAGAAUCAAGGAAGUUCUCUUCAACUCCCUCUUCAGUGCCUACUAUGUUGCGUUUCUCCCCCUGUGUUUUGUGAAGAGUACCCAGUACUAUGACAUGCGCUGGUCAUGCGAGCACCUCAUUAUGGUGUGGAUCAAUGCUUUUGUCAUGCUCACCACACAACUGCUGCCAUCCAAAUACUGUGAUUUGCUACAUAAAUCAGCUGCUCACCUGGGCAAGUGGCAGAAGCUCGAACAUGGAUCCUACAGCAAUGCUCCACAGCACAUUUGGUCAGAAAACACAAUAUGGCCUCAAGGUGUGCUGGUGCGACACAGCAGAUGCUUAUAUAGAGCCAUGGGGCCUUACAACGUGGCAGUGCCUUCAGAUGUGUCCCAUGCCCGCUUUUAUGCAAGUACCACUUAUUUCUUUUCAAACUUCCUCUUUCAUCGUCCAUUAAGGCUGUUAAAUCUGCUUAUCCUUAUUGAGGGCAGUGUCGUCUUCUACCAGCUCUACUCCUUGCUGCGGUCGGAGAAGUGGAACCACACACUUUCCAUGGCUCUCAUCCUCUUCUGCAACUACUAUGUUUUAUUUAAGCUCCUCCGGGACAGAAUAGUAUUAGGCAGGGCAUACUCCUACCCACUCAGCAGUUACGAACUCAAGGCAAACUAAGCUGCCUCUCAAAAAUGAGGGAGAACUCAGAUAAAAAUAUUUUCAUACGUUCUAUUUUUUUCUUGCGAUUUUUAUAAAUAUUUAAGAUAUUUUAUAUUUUGUAUACUAUUAUGUUUUGAAAGGUGGGAAGGGUAAGGGAUAUUAAAUGUAUCCAUAAACAAGGUGAUGUGA